UGCCGUGCGGCGAAGCGCGCAUCAGUUCCGGUGCGUUCCGUCAGAAGAUUUGUCGAAGCAAGAUGGCGGCGUCAGAGGAACAGGAAUUAUCUCAAACGCAAACUGAGAAACUCUUGCAGUUUCAGGAUUUAACAGGCCUAGAAUCAAUGGACCAGUGUCGCCGUACAUUAGAACAGCAUAACUGGAACAUUGAGGCAGCUGUACAGGACCGACUAAAUGAACAAGAGGGAGUUCCUAGUGUGUUCAAUCCACCAUCCACCAGACCAUUACAGGUGAACACAGCAGACCAUAGAGUGUACAGCUACAUUGUGUCAAGGCCACAGCCCAGAGGCUUGCUAGGAUGGAGUUACUAUUUAAUAAUGCUCCCAUUCAGAAUUACAUAUUACACGCUACUGGAUAUAUUCAGGUUCGCACUGAGAUUCAUAAGGCCAGACCCUCGUGGACGUGUCACAGAUCCUGUUGGAGAUGUUAUGUCCUUCAUUCAUAGCUUUGAAGAGAGAUAUAGCCGGUCGCAUCCAGUUUUCUACCAGGGAACUUACAGCCAGGCACUGAAUGACGCAAAACGUGAGCUACGGUUUUUGUUAGUCUACCUUCAUGGGGAUGAUCAUCAGGACACUGAUGAAUUCUGCCGCAAUACUUUGUGCGCAGAAGAGGUUGUGAACUUCAUCAAUACUAGAAUGCUUCUGUGGGCUUGUUCUACAAAUAAGCCAGAAGGAUACAGAGUGUCCCAGGCUCUGCGAGAGAAUACCUAUCCCUUCCUUGCUAUGAUAAUGCUGAAGGACAGAAAAAUGACCGUGGUGGGGAGGUUAGAGGGUGUCAUCCAGUCAGAGGACCUCAUCAAUCAGCUUACAUUCAUCAUGGACGCCAACCAAACUUACCUGAUGUCUGAAAGAAUGGAAAGGGAGGAGAGGAACCAGACCCAGGUGCUCCGGCAGCAGCAGGAUGAAGCUUACAUGGCGUCCCUUCGUGCCGACCAGGAGAAAGAACGGAAGAAGCGUGAGGAACAAGAGCAGAAGAGGAACGAGGAGGAGAUGGCCAGGCAAAACGUCCUGGCAGAGGAGAGGAGACGAAGGACACUAGAGGUGGAAAAGGAGCGCAAGUCUGAAUGUCUUCCCCAGGAACCAGCUCUGGAUGACCCAGACAGUGUCAAAAUAGUGUUCAGACUUCCCAAUGAUUCCAGAGUAGAGAGGCGCUUUCUUUUCACGCAGUCGUUAACGGUGAUACAUGAUUUCUUGUUCUCCCUAAAAGAAACUCCAGAAAAGUUCCAGAUAGUGACAAAUUUCCCCCGCCGGGUGCUACCUUGCCUCCCCAGCGGGGAGCGUCCCAACCCACCAACUCUACAGGAGGCAGGCCUCAGCCGCACUGAGGUCUUGUUUGUGCAAGACCUUACGGACGAUUAAUGACCUUUGCCAUGGAACGCAUCUUUUCUUUUCCUGUGUUUUGUCAGACUUCGCACAAGGGAUCACAGAAAUUAACCUUACUGUAUAGUCUGCCCAGCCCCACGUCACUGUCCCCUCUACUCCAAACAGGAUAAAUAACGCCACUGAGAAAACCAACGUGAACUGCCCAGUGUGUAUGUAUGUGUGUGUGUGUGUGUAUAUUAUAUAAAACCUAGGUAUUUAAGAAUUGAACAUUUAAAUCUACCCUUAAAUCCACCAAGCCUAAAAUUUACCAUAUCCUCUUUUUUAACGCAGUCACAAUUGACUAUAAAUGUAUUUGUUAUCAAAAGACCAAAGGAGGGUUUGUGGUAAAGUAAGAGAUCGGACUGCUUGCAGUCCUUAAGUCGAUGUUUUUAAAGAAGGCUAUAGCUCAUAUGUGUUGCUUUAGCCUAUAUAGCAUAGUUAAGUCUGCCUAUAGUGUGCCUGUGGUAAUUCAUAGAUGCCUAUUUUGCCCUUCUGAUAUCUGACUGGGCUGGUCAUAUUAAGGUGUAAUUUUUUUUCCAACUAUAAAUUAAUUUUUUUUUUAAAUAACAUAACUCUGGCUGUUUACAUUUGUUUCCAGAGGUCAGUCAAAGAAACACCCUCAGUUUUAAUAUUUUUGUAGUGUGGGGUAAUGGACACAAUGGUUAUGCAAGUGUUAAAACUACUAUGAGGAUUAGCAUGUUAUUGACUGAAUGAAGCAGCUGAACAUAACUUAUACGUAUUCCAGUUGUAAUUUGUUCAAAGAAUUAACUGGUUUCAACAUGGAGCUUUGAUGUUUGAAACUGUUCCCACCGACCUUUGUAGUGUUUUACACAGGGUGAAAUGUUACACAAAGUUCAAGUAAAAACCUGACUCUGGUAAAA